UCUCAGAAUGACAGUCCUGAUCUUGACUUUGAAUAUGAUGAUGCUGACAAGUAUAGUAUGGAAAUCUCAGAGUUGUAUAGUUACACAGAAGAGGUUGAAUUUUCGUUAGCACAGAAGAGCUUUGAAGAAGAUUACCAUUCAAGAGAAGAUAAAAAAUGGACAGAAAUUGACUAUGAAGCGAGGCGAAUGCACGUGGUGCAUCUUCUGAACAAUAUAGAUGUAGCUAAGCGUGAACAAAGAAUGAAAACGGCGAAGGCCAUUCUUUACCUCGCACAAGGCAAUUUUGGUGAAGUUAGCUCAGAAGAUGAGCAAAUGGAAUGGACAAGAAAAAAUUGUUUUCUACUAUAUGAAUGUGGCGCCCUCAAUGUUUUUGUAGAACUUCUGUGCUUAGAAACAGGAAAUGCAGUAGCAGCGACAACAGCUCUAAGAAAGCCAGCGGUAUCGAUUGUUGAUAGUUCAGACCUAAGAGUAAUUUUGAGUCUUUUAUAUAUUAUGGUUGAGACAAUGCGUAGAGACGACAGCCGAGAUACUGAAGAGCAGAUAAAAUCCCGUACUAACCUAAAAUGUGAAAUAGGACAACCAAUUAGGGAGGACGACUCCCUAGCUAUUAUUCUCUUCAACAUGGUAACAAAGUUCUGCAGUGGACAUGCACCCCAUUUCCCAAUAAAGAAGGUUCUCCUUCUUCUAUGGAAAGUUAUAUUAUUUUCACUUGGUGGUUUGCAGGACCAUAAAAAUCUAAAGGAAAAGACGAGAGAAGAACUCGGACUUCCAUCACUUGCCGAGGACAGCGUACAGAUCACAAAGAACUUGAGAGCUGUGUCACCACCAGCGUCUGCAGUAGACAUGCUGGAUCCACAGGGACGCAAAGGCAACCGACCACCUCCACUUAAAAGGAUGUUGGUGAAACAGGAUGGCAUCGAUGAAUCAAUACCAGAUGAUAACGAUAAGAAAGAGGAUGAUGCAAAAGAUGAUGUACAAAACAUGAGUGAGGAUGAAGAUGAGAAUGGUUUACCUCCUCUUCCCGAUACGCCCAGAGAGCCACGCUCUCUCCCAUGGUCACCAAAAGUGAGACAACGGGACGUAGAAAUGUUCCUUGACCACACCAGAAACAAAUUUGUUGGCUUUCAAGUUCAAAGUGAUUCAACCACCUUGGCUGGUCUACCAAAUCCCAUUCAUGAAGUCUAUAAUGUCUUAGAAAAGCAUCUCUAUGUAUCUUUAGCGGAGAUUCAGGUGAGAAAAGAAGAGGAAAUUAAUAAACACCCUUUAUCUAAGGGAGAAGAGGAUAUACCAAACACAGCUGCUGAGAUUCUAUACCAAGCAAUGUUGUCAAGUCUCCCACAGUAUAUGAUUGCCUUGUUGAAGAUUUUACUAGCAGCAGCACCGACCUCAAAGGCUAAGACAGAUUCUAUUAACAUUUUGGCUGAUGUGUUACCAGAAGAAAUGCCAAUGACGGUACUACAAUCGAUGAAACUUGGCGUUGAUGUGAACCGACACAAGGAAAUUAUCGUGAAAGCAAUCUCAGGACUGCUUUUAUUGCUCCUCAAACAUUUUAAACUCAACCAUGUUUAUCAGUUUGAAUUCAUGAGCCAACAUCUUGUGUUUGCUAAUUGCAUUCCUCUUGUUCUUAAGUUCUUCAAUCAAAACAUUCUUGCAUAUAUUGCCGCAAAAAACAGUAUACCAGCCAUAGAUUUUCCAUUGUGCGUGAUAGGAGACCAGCCUGAACUAACUGCAGAAAGUUUAGAAGCCGGUGAUAAUAUCCCGUAUUGUUGGCGCAACCUAUUCUCUUGUAUUAAUUUGCUUAGAAUCCUUAAUAAACUGACAAAAUGGAAACACUCUAGAACAAUGAUGUUAGUUGUAUUCAAGUCAGCACCGAUUCUUAAACGUGCUCUGAAGGUGAAGCAAGCGAUGAUGCAACUCUACGUCCUAAAGUUACUUAAGGUACAAACAAAAUACUUAGGACGACAGUGGCGCAAGAGUAACAUGAGGACCAUGUCUGCCAUAUACCAAAAAGUGCGACACCGGCUCAACGAUGAUUGGGCGUACGGAAAUGAUAUGGAUGCACGUCCAUGGGAUUUCCAGGCGGAAGAGUGUGCACUACGUGCGUGCGUCGACCGGUUCAAUUCUCGCCGCUACGAUACCGACUCCAGCAAAGAUUCUGAAUUCCAGCCAGUGGACAACAAUCUACAGAGCGUCUUGGGCCAGGAGAUGAACCUGAGCGAAGAGUUCAAACGCUUUUAUGAGAUUUGGUUGGACAGAGAAGUGUUCACGUCGCAAAUUAACUGGGAUCUUCUACUCAAGGACAGAAUAUAUGUUUGAAAGCAGUUUUUUACAGUAACAGAAUAGGUGGUGUCUUCCCGCAAAACCUGGACAAAUUGACAUGUUAUCAAAACAUGGUUAUAAUUAUAUUCAGUAGUUAAUUAUCUUAUGCAGAAUAAUAUGCAACUUAUUUAAUUUUUAUUAAAUAAUAAUGAGAAAUUGAAUAUGAAAAACAGUAGAACCCCGAUUGAGGGGACACAAUAAAAGUGUCGCCUGAAUAGGGGUUGGCUGUUACGUUAAUAGUUAAUA